GGCGGGUCUGACCAAUAAACGCGGCACUGGAAUUUAAGGAAAGUCUUGUUAAACGAAACACGCUAGAACAAAGGCUACCGAAAAAAAAAAAGGAAAAAAUAAACUUUUGUUUCGUUGUUUUUCGAAUUUAAUUAAAUCCAAAUUUUUAAAUUGAGCUUGCAUUUCAAUUACAAAGUUAAUUUCUGAAACAAUUUUGCUUUUAAAAUUUUGAUUUCCAAAUAGAAUCCAGAUUCACGUAGAAUCACACAAUAAAUAAAUAAAUCAUGUCUAACAUUUGGUUCCUAAGUUUGUCAGCUUGCUUGGUGUUGAUUAUGUUGUGGGCGCAAUCAACUGCCGCUUUACCUAUUGAAGAGGAGACCAGAGAUGCGGAGGAAGAGAAGGCCAAAACGAGGACGAUAUUAGCCAAUGUGUUCUACAAUAUGCUCCAGUCGAAGCUAGAGUCAGAACUAACACAACCAGAGCCGCAAGACUUUGAAAUUCCAUACGAGUCCAGCAAAAGAAGUAAAUCUUCUAAGUGGGCAGGAUCAGGAGAAAGUGAAACACUCAUAAGACCUUUGGCACUAAGGUCUUCGGCACCAGUAGUGAGCUACAACAGACAGAACACGAACGAAUGGAAAAGACAAAUCCCGAUCUGUCUAUGGAAAGUCUGUCCAGCGGCGCCCUGGUUAGUCAACAGGCGCCGUUAGUGGGCCAGCAAUUGAGGGCCUUGCAUCCGUUUCUCUGCUAUUUAUAAAAUUAGAACUAAAAAAUUUUAUAUGAUGUUUUUUAUAUAUACAAAGUAAAAAAUUUGAAAAGAUACUUCACAGUGCUGCAUAGUGUAACAAGAUAUUAUUAAGCGAUUAGAACUACAAGAGAUGAUAUCAAACAAACAAAAAUUUAUUUACACAUUGUUCAAAAUGGUUGAUUCUUGUUCGUUCUUUUGUGACUCUUUCUUUCUUGAAAACACGAAGACUUUCUCUCAUAAUAAUGAUAUUUUGACCAAUUAAUGAAAAAUAAAAAUCUGUUGUUGAUAA